AUGACUCACCUAAGAAUCUUGCUACUUUAUGUAAUCAACUGUAUUCGACUUCUCACCCGUCUCAUUCCAUACAUGUUUGAGGAUGCUGAAUGGAGGGGCUACUUCUGGUCUUCAGUACCAACUGGUGAUGGACAAACACCUAUGGCUAGCGUUUUACUCGGUAUUCUUUGUGAUCUUCUAUUUUGUCCUGGGUUUACAGUCUACUCAAAGGAAAAAGUGGAUGACCUUGCAUCAUUAGAGACUUGUGAACUGAUCUGGGAGGCAGGAGUUGGUUUUGCGAAUAAGCCAAGCUCCAGCGCUCAAUAUGAUCAAAAUCGUACAGAGAUCCUCAAGCUAUUGCUGACGUGCUUUUCAGAAGUAAUCUAUGCACCUAUAACAGAUGAAAGCCGACUCCGUUGGGUGGCUCAUUUUACGUCAGCUGAAAAUCGACACGUAUUGCCGCUGUUUACCUCAUUGCUUAAUGUAGUUUGUGCUUACAAUCCUGUUGGCAUGGGACUCCCUUACAAUUACCUGCUUUUUAAUGACUCUCGGGAACCUUUGGUUGAGGCUGCACUUCAGGUAUAAAC